AUUUCAUGGUUAUAAAGGCUUAAAAAAUAAUUUACUACGUUUUAUUAUUCACACGACUUUAAACGCACUGCAUUGUUUAUCGCCAAGUAUUUCGUCGAUAGCCCGCCCCUAGCGGGCUAAUAGACGCAGUGACGCCGGCACUGGCAGUGGCGCGCCGUCAGCCCUCUACGCCGCACGUCUCGGCUCCUCGAACACGCGACACAGAUCGAUACUUGCACAGCCCUAGCCGCUAGCUGGCCAGUAACAUGUCCACGUGCAAAACUGACGUUCACAACCUGUGACCGAGUAUCGAUAUAUCCCGCGCGCGUCAACAAUGUAGCCAUAGUGACGCCUGUUGACAGAUUGACAUAUUUACGAUGCCGUUGAUUUUAUUAAAGUUUAUUAAACGUUGAGUGUUGUUAUUGUUAAUAUGACAAUAAAUUUGUUGGUUAAUUAGGAGUUUGUUGCAACGAAGAUGGGAAAUGGAAUGAAUAAGGUGCUUCCCGGGCUGUACGUUGGCAACUAUCGGGACUCGAAGGACCCAGUGCAGCUCGAACGUUACAAGAUCACACAUAUUCUGUCCAUACACGACGCGGCUCGCCGGUUACACUCUGAUAAACACUACCUCUGUAUAAUGGCGUCCGACUCUCCAGACCAGAACCUGACACAAUACUUCGCUCUCUGCAACGACUUCAUCCAUGCAGCACGGCUUAGGGACGGACACGUACUCAUUCAUUGUUUAGCGGGUAUGUCACGCAGCGUGACAGUGGCGGUAGCGUACAUCAUGUCGGUGACACCGUUAAACUGGCGUGAAGCGCUCAAGGUGGUGCGUGCAGGCCGCGCUGUCGCCAACCCAAACCUCGGCUUCCAGCGCCAGCUGCAAGAUUUCGAGACCUACAAACUAGUUGAGGAGAGAAGACGUCUAAAAGAGCGCUACCCGUCCCUCGCGCUUGCCGACAGCGACCUCUCCGAGUGCCGCAUGAUGCUGGACUCGUAUCAGACCAUGCUGAGCCAGCGCACCAUUUGCGAGGGCAAGUGCUCCAUGGGCCGCCAAUGUCCUACUGGCGUCUGUAGAACCGGGUCGAAGCGGCAGUCGCGGCCCCGGCGACCGUCCACGGCCUCAGGCGACGCGCCAGGCCUCAAACGAUCUCCCUCCACGCUCUCCACAAUGUCUACAACUUCUACAGCCUCGGGUUACCGGCCGAGGUCUUCGCCCGCGGGGUUAUUUAGCUACACCGGGGCAACACACCGCCCAACCCGCUCUGCAUCCGGCAUCAGCAUAACGCGAGUAACGGACCCCAUAGGCGGCGGCACCACGAUGGCAGUCGGUGGUAAUGAAUAUUCGCGACGACGAGCCGCCUCCGCGCCAGCCACGCCAGCGUUGUCGCCCGCCACGUCCCCGCCUGGAUCGCCUCAUCGUGGUCACCAGAGAAAGGCCUGCGCAUGGGUAAUACCCACGGUGACCUGGAAUCCUGACUCCAUGUGAUCAUGCACUCCUGCCUAUGAUUGCACGCUCUAUCACAAGGUCGCGCGCAGUGCAGCGGUGCUCGUAGCACGCGGCGCGGGGCCCGCCGAAGUCCCCGCUGCGCCAGGCCUCCGUGGCCCCGAGCUACUACCACAAGGACUGCCCGCCCGCCCGCCAGCGCGCCGACAGUUUCCAGUCUAACUAUGUCAACUAACUUGAUCCAGCGCGAACAUGUCGGAUGGGCUAUAUAGGUGCGAAGAUCUGGCGGAUGCCUGCUAGCAUGCCAUUUUUAAAACAUUUUUAACUGCUUGCGUGCUUCUCGCAACGGUUUGCCAGAUCUGAGGGCCUACCGCGAAAAACGAAAAUCGAAUUUUCGCGGUAGGGCUGCUGAACGUACCAUCUUUAAGUCUCCCUGUAUCACUUUUGCAGAGGCGCGAAAAAGAGUGUUCUCCGCUUUUUUGUCCUUUAUCUUCGUGGAAAAAAUACUCUUAACUAGAUAUUUAACAAGUUGGCAAGAAGAGAGCGUGUGUGUCAUGUAACUGCACAGAAAGAAAACUUAGGAUAUUCCGAAAAGUUAAGGAUUCUGAUUUUUUGUUGUUUCUGCCAAAACUAUCCUAACAUACCAAAUGUCCUUAUCAAACCAAAUUGGAUCUAAUUCUUCAAGUUAUAUCUCUAUGGUCUUUAUCCUGAACGAUAAAAAUUUAAUCGUUUAAUCGAGAUAUUGUCACUUCUGUGAACUCGUAAAAAUAUUUUUAAUUGGUUCAACUUGCACAAUCCUGAUGUGUACCAAUGUACCGAAUUGUAUUUUGAAUACAAAGAUACGUACCUACCUUGGCAAAUUACUUACAGACAUGACAUAAUAUGGCCGCUGUUUAGUAAGGACUUGAAAUAUGAGUCAGUCCUAUUGGGCUAUGAAAUUGCCUUAGAGCGACGUAAAUGUUCAAGUCUUGUGAUCACUGCUUGUCAACGAAACGUGCUAAUAAUUGAUAAUUAAAGUAAGCUCUCGUUCCGCACUGUAAAUAAUUUACAGUAAUUAUUUAAAGGGUUGACAUUGGUUGAGGGUGACUUCGUCUUAGAUUUUAAGACGGUAUCUACUUCUGCGAUAACAGCACUCACUCAGCAGUCACUGUAGGUAAAAUCCUUCGCACGCGUCCGCGCCAGUUAGCGUUGCUCAUACUCGUACUACUAUUUUUUUUUUCAUUAUCCCGCUCCGUACAACCGCGCCCGUUAGCGGAUGCCCUAAACAUUUAAUGGGUGAUAAUAAUUAAUUCAACAUGAGUUUCCCAAUCUAAGAAAGAACCCAAUCAUUAAAUUAUCAUUUAAUAAUCGUAAUUUUUUUAAUUGGUUGAGUAAACGCGCAUGAUAAUAUAGUCACUUUAUAUGAUUGAUUAUCAAUAUCUGUCAUAAAUUUGGAAGUGCUUUGUUUAUUACAGAAAUAUGAUGGAAAUUAUAUAUUCCUUCCUUAUCUACAAGUAGGUACAGUCAGCAUCAAAAGUAGCGGAUGAAACAAGGUUUCAAAAGUAUCUACCAUUCUGUAACAGCUUAACAAAAUGAGGUGAUUCAAUAUGUAGAACAAUUAUGACUGUAAAAUAUAUACUUUUGAAUAUAAAUUUUAGAUAUUUAUCUGUAUUUGGAAAAUUUAUCCGCAAUAUCAGAUAUUUUUGGCGCGUUGUUUCAUCCGCUACUAUUGAUGCUGACUGUACCAAUCUACUUUGUCAGUAUAAGAUUUGUUAAUUGUUACAAAAAUAGAAACGAAACCCAUAAAAAAUAUAUGUUACCGAAAAAUGCGUGCCUACCUACGGGCUACGUUGUAAGCCCGUAGGUAUGUAGCCGGAAAUGGAAUCGUAGCUACUACGCGCGCGUGCGCAUAAAGUUAUGUUUGUUUUGCGCGCAACACUGAAUAUCGGAAUUUGGUUUUCCGCAUCUUUGUAUUCGGACGAUAGAGAGGCAAAUAGGCGAACGAAUUAAUGAAGUGGUUCACUGUACAUCCAUGAUCUACCGCUGACGCGAAAGCGUACGCGUAGGUAGUUGUCGCACAAGAAACAGUGAAUACUUGUAAACGAAACAUGUACUGCCCUCGAAACGCUGACUUUUCACGCCGCCAGUAAAAAAAAAAUUUCUUAUGGCUGCAAGGAAAAAACAGAUUGAUCAGAAUUAUUGGUACCUUGUUGGAGAGCUGCCUAAAGCAAUAUGUUUUACGAGGGAAAUGAGAGGUCCCAACAACGUCACUAUAUUACAUGAUAGUGGGGUCGUUAUAGGACAAUACCAAUAUUUUUUUCAUUAAAGCAUGAGACUUGGCACACUUGUUACUAAGGUGGACCAGAGUCGAAAACGCCCGGGAGGCAGCGGGAGACACCCCUCUAGGGGGGAGGGGGAGGGGGUGAAGUUUUCCUACGCCGCGCGCACUGUUGGUCGUUAUAACU